UAAAAAGGUCCGGAAGGAAGGAAAGCGUCUGUCGUGGGUGGAAGUCGAAGGUCCGAAUUUUCGGAGUCCAGUGCCCACGAAGAAGAUGAAUCAAAGGAAAUCGGCUGCUGGAAGGCCGUCUGGAACCGAUGGUUCUGAUUUCGCCUAUCGCAUGGUUGUCGAUUCUCGGUAUCAAAAGGUUGCCAAAGGAAAAUCUCGUUUAUCUACCCUGAUUCUAAAUCAGGUUGUCAUUCAGUUAUGUGGAGUGGUCUACUUGUUUAUAUUGACAUCAAAGAGGGAGACUCCAGAUAAACUUGCAAUUUCAUCUGCUGUCAUUGGUUUCUUUUCAUUGUUCAUAGGAGAACUAGGUCGAAGGCGUAGUCGUGCAAGUUUCUUGAAAGCUUAUAUGAUUGCAUCAUCUCUUGCGCUCCUACUACUUUUUGUUAAUGUUUCUCAGGGAAAUUAUACGUUUGAGGGAAUUGAGGAUCUGAGUAAUUGGCAGACAAAGAAGCUUGAACUUUUGGAGACGAUCCGCAUUUUUCUUGGAGCCCUGCUUCAGAUAUUUGCAAUCAGGACAGUGAUUUCCCUCGUGGGUAACAUGUCUCCUCCAAAACGCUCUUCUUAAGUUAUUCUGUACCAAACUGUUGUCCUUUAACGACCAGAAAAUCUCUUUAUUGUUACUUCUCGAUUCUGAAUCCAAAAAUAGUUAAAAAGAAAGUUUGGAUUUCUCUUUUCUCGAUAAUUAUGUAAGAAGGUUCCACUUAGGUUGGAUCCUACUGCGAUUUUGAUGAAAUUGUAGGUUAAAAUUUACUUUUGAGUA